AUGAUUAAGAUUAUCCUAACCUAUUUGGCAAUUAUCAGCAUCUUCUGUAAUGUGCAUGAAGCAAAAAAAUGUUAUGAAGUACACAGAAGAAACACGAACAAGAUACUUUUUAUUAAAAAAAAUGAUCACCCCAAACGUAGGGUUCAUCUCAAAGCGAAGGAAUUUGUGAAUUACAGGGAAAUACAACUACAGAGGAUAAAGGAUUAUAGAAAACGCAGUGGGCCAGACAAAAAUAACAUUAACUACAACGUGAAGGAUUCAUAUAAUUAUCAUGAUAAUUUCCUCUUCGUUAGGAAUGAAGUGUUUCCAACUCUGGCUAAAAUAGAAAAUGAAAAACUGAAAGAGCAGGAGAAGUAUCGAGAACUGUUUCGAAACAUCAAUGACUAUAACACGAGCUUCAGCAGACGGACGUUUAUGCAAUUCCUCAUCGACUUAUACAACAUCUUCCUAAAAAUUGACGAGUUAUUUUUGAUUUACAAGGAGAACUUCUCCCUCCUUACGUACAACGGGCCCAUGCAGCUGACGAACCACCUCUACGACGACAUUAUCUAUCUGACAUCUGUGGUUGAGAACUGCGACGACAUCACGGUCAGCCCAUACGGUAGAGAGUACAUCACACACCUGGAGGAUUUAUCUCUAAAAAACAAAAUAAAAUUUUUAGCGCACGCAUACUUAUUUUACAAAAAUUUCCAUUUGAACAAGGAGCAUUUAUUAAACAGCAUUUGCAAAUAUUUAAACAUUAUCAAAAAACUGAAAUCGUCGAAAUAUGUUCCAGAUGUUUCGAACUUCGAGUUCUGCCUAAACAAGAUGAGCAGGAAGUGGAGCAGAUGGGACAAGGAUAAUUUUCUGUCCGGUCUGCAUGACGCCACAGAUAAGAUGAUGAUUUUGACAAAGCAUUUUCAACAAACGAAAGAGUAG